AUGCAUCUUAUCUACCAUAACGUUUCCUCUUCUCGGUCAGGUUCUCCAGCCGACGGUGCAUUCACACGGCCUGUCGUCGCAGAGAAGAUCGCGCCCGCCCUCCACCCUCAGGGACCGCCGCCACCUGGGUCACAGGCUCCCCUGCUCCGGGCGCCCUUCAUUUCUUACUUCAAAACUGCCUCAUCAAAUCAGGAUAUAGGCCAACGGAGUGGGCCUUCGACAUGCCUCCCCGGUGCACCUGUGAACCAUGGGAUGUUCGAAGUUCCGUCGGCAGCGACGCCUUCCGGAUGCGGGUCUAGUCCGGAAAGAUUCGUAUUCUGUGCGCGUGGACGCGGUGAAGAUCAGACGGGCGCGGUGACCCAGCAUUUGAAACACGAGAAUGGGAGUUUCGCUCCUCCACGCGGAGCUCUUUCUCCGUCACACUAUCCAGGGUAUCACCGCAGUGCCUCCCCAAUGGGGGUUCCGGGCUCGCAGUGGAAUGGGGACAGGGGUUUAUCACAGAGGCCGUUCCUCAGUCAUCCCUCGACUCCACUCACGCGCACAGCCUCCCCAGACGUGUUGAGAUCACAGAUCAAGCGAAAUCCCGGGCAUCCAGAUGACGGUCUCCUAAGCCAGUCCUUUCCGCCGCAGGUGAACUUAUCACCGGCAAACCACUCUUUUUCACUGCAACAGUCGGCUUUUCCAACUCUCAAUGCGGGUGCAGGCAUUUGGCCGUUAACGUCAGCAGCUUCAGCUGCUCGGGCGGCGGCAGCGGCCUGCAAUAUGCAAGGCUAUCGCGCGUGUAUGCCCAUGGUCCGACAGCAGAGACUGGGUGGAGCAGACGUUACACAGUUCAACGCACUCGAAUCUUGCGCGUAUCUCUCAGCCAACUACAGCCGACCGGCUUCACCGUCGGUGCCUGUAACUGGAAGGACUGAAGGGUCAUACGCAUCUGCAGAAAACAUGCGUGUACUUUCACGCUGUGUUUCCAACUUGGCACGCUCAGGGGCACAGACUGCGGCUGCAGGUGCGAAGCCACAGCAAUCAGUGCUUGCCCCUGGGACAAUUCCUUUCGGAAGUUUCAAUGACCAAUUGCACCAACAGCAGGGAUAUUCACGGACCCCUUCCCCCGUGGUCCAGCAACCGGCGCAGCAGCACGCUCCAGCACUUCAGCCCUCUGGUCGGGCUGGCUUUCCUGCAGCAGACGUUUUCCGAGGCGCGGAUGGGAUUCGGGCUGAGAGAUCGUCUGUGGCUUCGUCGGACAGAAGUCAAAACAAUACGGGAGUCAGGGAUACGCGGCCACCCAGUCCCUCCAUUUCCCAGACAACAUACGCUGGGUAUCAGCACGAUAACCAUCCUCUUUCUCAUCCAUCAGAUCGCACGCUGCGCGGCGGACCUGCCGGAGUCAUGAACACUGCGUCGAGCGUGUUUCUUGACGGGCACGGUGGCGGUGCUGUAUCUCAUGGAGCACAGGGAACUGGCGGACAUUCGUACGGCGGUGCCUCUCAACUUCAACCACCCCCGACGAUAUGUCAAUCGGAGAUAUCACCCACGAAAACGGCAUUGCCGCUCUCGGGGGUGACACCGCCAGGCGACAGAGUGUGUGCAGGAGGCAAGGCAUCAUCUGCCAGCUCCCGGCGACCGAGGUCUGCCCCUCCGCCGAUGCUUCGCCCACAGCGGCAGAUACCGUCGUUGGUGCAACAGGUAGGAAACGACGCAUCUGGUCGUCCUUUUUCGGCAGGCGAUUCGGAGUCUCAAGGAGAAUCUGGCACCCGCGCGCGCACUGUGUAUGGAGGACCGUGGCAGUUGGGUGAGACCGCCGGUGCCUCUGUCCGCAGCGCGAGUGCCGACCCCAACGUUAUUAGCGGUAGGCAUGGGUUCGCACCUGCGACGACGGGAAUCGCUGGCAACGGUUCUGGGCGUUGUGAUCCCCUGAUGACAGAGCCAACGAAUUCCUGCUGCCCAUGUGGCACUGUACCAGCAUCUGUUAACUCAUGCUCUUUCACUUCGACGUCGCGGAAGCUGUCAGCUUUUCCUGUUGCAGUUUCUGCUGCUGUCGCGGCAGCUGCUGGCUACAGUUCCCGCACUCAAGGCCAGACCCCAGGCGUUGCGGACUGUCAUUCUGGGAUGUUGACUAAAACGCGUCUCGUGCUAACCAUGAAACAAUCAGCGGGUGAGUUAGGAGUCCCUCGGCCGUGUCAGCCAGCACGGAUGUGCUCAACGAAGUCGUUAGGGGAAACGGAGAAGCAGCCACACGCUCUUCCCAAAUUUGGAUCUUCUCUUACACAAACCCGUGAGUAUUCUGAUGCUGCACGGGCAAAUGGGUCGCCACAAAGUCGGUUGCCGGCGCCGGUGCCGACGACUCCAAUGUUACCCCAUGUAAACCCGCGGAACAGUCACCCUAUCCACGGACAGGGUCCUUCUCAACGUCAGGAAUCGACAACCCUAGGUGGGCAACAACUGCAUGAGGAGGGCAUGUCAUGGCAAGACAAGCUCCCCAGCUUGCCUCCGAAGAAGGCGGCCGAGCAGAAAUACGGAGACGGCGCUUCGAAGCGACAUGAGGUGGAGCAUACGUACGACCAGGGUAUGGCUCCUAUCCAUUCAAAUGCCAUAUCCAAUGCAGGCUCAAGCGAGUCAACGCAGUCAUCGGUGGAAAGACGCUGCUCGAGCCGCCGUCUCAGAUCUAGCCUCAGUAACGGUGAGUUGUGUACAGCUGAUACUCCAGGCGUGUGCUCAACGGCGGGGAGCCUACCGGGUCCAGGAGCUGUUGCUGCUGAUUCUUCGACGAUAUCCGCAUAUCCAGCGUCUCCCGAGCCUGACAGACAGAUGUCUGGGUCUGUCUCAUUCCGCAUUCGCGGUUCGAGUGACCCUGUCAACGGUGAAGUCGCGGCCGAUAAGAGCGCUCUCGUUUCUUCAAGAACAAGACCCACGCCAUUUCGAGCCCCAGCGAAGUCGCAUCCGACAGAAAUUGAAGUUCAAGCCGCAGUGACGAGCGGGCUGGCGCAGGCGUCGACUGACACAAACGAAAACUGUUCCGAUUCUGUCCAACGAUUCGAGACGAGGUGUCAUGCGGCACGUGAUCCGUGCGACUCCAGUUCGAUAACCACAGACAACACAUCUGUCGAAGAAGGUUCAGAUUCGAUGACGGUCGUCAGAGACCACCCUCCACAGCCCGCUCAGGGCCUAAGCGUGUCCGGCGGUCGCGGCGAUUUCUCACUAGCUAAUGAUGUGAACGAUGAUGAGACCCCACAACGGCAGGUGGAUUACAGGCAGGGCUCUCUACACAGCCAAUCAGAUGCGCUCGCAGAUAGCGGGCGGAGUGCCUUGGGUGGCAUGGCAGGACAAGUUCAGGCUGAAUACACACGGGAACGCCGGAAGGAUGAUGUUGGGGGGCAGGUGAUGAAGGAUAUUGCGCCUCUGCGAAACGUGUCCGGAGAUGGGCAGUCACCCUCUCAACACGAAACGCCGGAGCACGAUGACAUUAUUCCCUUACGGAGGUUUUUGUGGGAACCGGAAAAAGUGACUUGGAACGACCAGUCAUCCUUCACAGAAAAGCGCACUAAACACACUUCUGAAGAAUCACUAGUGAACUGUCAGUUGGAUGACUUCGAACUGGCAGAUUCGCGUUCUGGGGGUGAUGCCAGCCUUCUUGGGAGGGGCACUUACGGCGUUGUGAGAAAACUGAAGCAUAAGGCGACAGGGGAAGUUUUUGCCGUUAAAUCAAUCGAGAAAGAGAGCGUCGUUCGUGCAGGGAUGGUGAGCCAGGUGGAAUUUGAACUGCUGGUUCAGAAAGACCUCCUCCGACACCGAAACGUUCUGCGGUGCUUUGCCUGCGUCGAGGACGCUGAGCACGUUCAUCUUAUUCUUGAAUAUUGCAGCCGAGGAGAUCUGUACACCAAAGUUCGCUCUCAGACUCGGCGACGUUUAAGCGAGCGCGAAGCGUUCGUCUAUUUCUCUCAGCUCGUGAAUGGACUUCAUUACCUCCACGGCAAGGGCGUCAUGCACAGGGACUUGAAACUCGAAAAUCUGUUGUUAGACUCUAACAACGUUCUGAAGAUCGCGGAUCUGGGUUGGUGCGGCUCUGUCCUAGGAAAAACGAAAAAUUUCAACUUCUGUGGGACGCUUGAUUAUCUGGCACCCGAAAUGGUCAGAGGUGGAGGCCAUGAUUGGAGAGUUGAUCUCUGGGGAGCAGGCAUUCUCCUGUAUGAAAUGCUCGAUGGAAAGCCGCCAUUUCAAUCAACGCGGCAUCUCGAGCUGGUACAACAAGUUCUAAAAGCGGAAGUUACCAUCCCUCCACACAUAUCCCCCGACGCUGGAGACCUGAUUCUGCAGCUGCUUCGUUAUGAGCCGGAAAGUCGAAUUCCCCUCCACGGUGAGCAUGCCUGUUCGUUGAGAACUUUUCUCAUUUACCUCGGUUUCGGAUCCCUCUCCUCUGCGAUUUAUUGCCGACCCUCUACCCGAAAGGUAUACGUGUUAUGA